AUGGCCACUACCAUGGAUCAUCAAUCGGUUCUGACACAACGGCUUCACUCUUCGCUGUUGGCUAUUGCGGCGUACAAAUCUCGUGGCGGUUCUAUGGAUGAAAGCAGCGGUCGACAUCCUUCCCCGAACAAACGGCAUUCCUACGAUAGUUCGAAUCCUGCAUCAGACGAUGAAUUUCACCUGACGAUUCCUUCCAUACUCACACAAAGCGAUGGUGGCUUGUCUCGCAUGGACCAAAAGCUAUUGGGAGACUGCCUUCAACCCGUAGUCAAAUCUCUCAAGGCGCUCGAUGCCGAGUCCUUGCUAGGUCUAGAGAGAGUUCAGAAUGGGGCGCGUCUCUGUGAUGGGGUUAAUGUCCGCCCCAUUCACGACGAAGUCUACCCGCGAUACGAAAGCUUUGGGACCAUGUCGUGCGUCCGGUAUAUCCACAUUACGGAGGUACCGGAGCAGUAUAGUAUUGGCAUCUUUGUCUUUCCGCCCUUUUCAAGAAUACCCCUUCACGAUCAUCCAGAAAUGUGCGUACUCAGUCGUCUGUUGUACGGAGACUUGCAGUGCCUCAGUCUGGAUCUACCCCAAGACGAUGAAUCCCAGCCAUCCACCACGCAAGCGGGGCAACCAUCGGGACAACAACAACCACCACCAGAGCAACCACAAUCGGUGCUGCGUCGUCCCUAUGAAACACUAAAGGGGCGCAUGUUUGGUAACAGCGCUCCUGGCAGUUCGCUUCCCCCAGGAGUUCCCGAAGGAUCUCGACGAGCCUUUAAGAAUUCCAUUAGGCAUUUGCACGCCCCGGAAGUCUGCGUCUUGUUCCCGUACAAAGGAAAUCUUCACGAGUUCUAUGCCGGGCCCAAUGGUGCCGCCGUAUUGGAUAUUCUUUUGCCACCCUAUGAUGUUGAACACGAGCGAGACUGCACCUUUUACGAUAUCCUCGAAGAUCAGGUGGCAGCGGCACCAUCCCCCUCGCAACCAUUGCUGGUCGAUGUGGAUCCAUCUGCAGUGGUAUCUCCGGGCGCAAGGGAUGUUCGUCAAGAACGAGAAGAGCAGUCGGAGGACCGAAUUCCAUGCUGGAUUGUUCCGACGGAUCAACCCCACGACUUUCAUUGUCUCUCGGGGAAGUAUCAAAAACUGGGCACCAAUGUGAUUGCUCUGCAAGAUUAA